CCCCCACCCCACACACACACACAUACUCACGCACUUGACAGUCUACUUUCCCCCAACACUGACAGAAUAAAUAACCCCCCAAUUCCCCAACGCCUCACUCAAAACGCAAAACUCAAGAGAGAGAAGAAAACCCCCUUAAUCCGCAAAGCAAACCCUACAUUUCACUCUCUCUAUCCCUCUCAGCUAACAGAAUUUGGAAAAAUGCGUGAAAUCUUGCACAUUCAGGGAGGCCAGUGCGGCAACCAGAUCGGAGCAAAGUUCUGGGAAGUUGUUUGCGCCGAGCACGGCAUAGAUUCCACCGGAAGGUACAAGGGCGACAACGACUUGCAGUUGGAGCGGGUUAAUGUCUACUACAACGAAGCUAGCUGUGGGAGGUUCGUUCCUCGCGCUGUCCUUAUGGACUUGGAGCCAGGUACCAUGGACAGUGUCAGAUCUGGGCCUUACGGACAGAUUUUCAGGCCGGAUAACUUCGUUUUUGGACAGUCCGGUGCCGGAAACAACUGGGCCAAGGGACACUACACCGAAGGGGCCGAACUCAUUGACUCCGUUCUUGAUGUUGUGAGAAAGGAGGCUGAGAACUGUGACUGUCUUCAAGGUUUUCAGGUUUGCCACUCGUUGGGAGGUGGUACUGGUUCCGGAAUGGGAACCCUUCUCAUUUCCAAGAUUCGAGAGGAGUAUCCUGACAGGAUGAUGCUCACAUUCUCUGUAUUCCCAUCUCCCAAGGUCUCUGAUACGGUUGUAGAACCCUAUAAUGCCACACUUUCUGUCCACCAGCUUGUAGAGAAUGCUGAUGAAUGUAUGGUCCUGGAUAAUGAGGCUCUCUAUGACAUUUGCUUCAGAACUCUUAAGCUCACCACCCCCAGCUUUGGAGAUUUGAAUCAUCUGAUUUCUGCUACAAUGAGUGGUGUUACGUGCUGCCUUCGGUUCCCCGGUCAACUGAACUCUGAUUUGAGAAAGCUGGCUGUUAAUCUUAUACCUUUCCCGAGGUUGCAUUUCUUCAUGGUUGGGUUUGCCCCGCUCACAUCUCGUGGGUCACAGCAGUAUCGAGCCUUGACUGUUCCUGAGCUAACACAGCAGAUGUGGGAUGCCAAGAAUAUGAUGUGUGCUGCUGAUCCCCGCCAUGGCAGAUAUUUGACUGCUUCUGCAAUGUUCCGAGGAAAGAUGAGCACCAAGGAAGUUGAUGAGCAGAUGAUAAAUGUUCAAAACAAGAACUCAUCCUACUUUGUUGAGUGGAUACCAAACAAUGUCAAGUCUACUGUUUGUGAUAUUCCUCCCACUGGCCUGAAGAUGGCAUCGACUUUCAUUGGCAAUUCUACUUCGAUCCAGGAAAUGUUCAGAAGAGUGAGUGAGCAAUUCACAGCUAUGUUCCGCAGAAAGGCUUUCUUGCACUGGUACACUGGAGAAGGCAUGGACGAAAUGGAAUUUACUGAAGCCGAAAGCAACAUGAAUGACUUGGUAUCUGAAUAUCAGCAGUACCAAGAUGCUACUGCUGAUGAGGACGGCUAUGAUUAUGAGGAGGAAGAGGAGGAAGUGCAGGAAGCUUAAGGGAUUGAUGUAAUUGUGUAUUCUUAUGGUUUAUAUAGUGAGUUUAUGUUGCAAACUUUUCUAUUGUCUGAAUUGCUGUGGGUUCUUGCCACUGUUGGUGGCAAGGUCUUCAUAUGUUUUGCUAUAGUUAGUACUAGUAUGGAGUGUUCUACCAGACAGCCUCGUUUUGCUCUUGGAUGAUUGAUGAUCACAGUACAAUAGUUGAGGUUUAUCUUACAAGUCUACAUUUUGCAUGAUUUGAUUGUUUUGGUUCUUGUGCAUUUGGGUUUGAUGAGUAUGGAUAAUUGGAAGAGUAUUAUUAUUAUAUAUAAGCAUGACGAUCAUAAUAUUAUCUUACACAUUGCGUCCUGUGUUUUGAUUUAAAUUCUGUAAACUAGAGUACUGGUUGAUGCAGGCUUUGGUUUGGAUCCAGUCAAUCGAAGCCUGUAUUGGUCAAAUAACAGUGUAACGUGGGAUAACCAUCACAACUAGUGUAAUCAGUGUUUGCUAAUUGGGAGAUUAUGUAAAUCCUAGGUUUGCUUGGAUAGAAUUGUGUAUGGGAGUUAGUUGAUUCACAUUUAAUGUUUAUGCUCUACUUGCUUCGUUUUGGGUUAAGCUUUCCUUUCAGACUUGCGUCUUGAAGUAAGUCAAUCCAAAAUGCAGAUGGUUUUGAAGUCAAUAUCUUUUUCUGUGGAUCAAUCCACAUUGCAUAUGGCUCAUUUCCCCCGAUUUAGAAAAAAUUCGCAAACUUGCAUAAUGGGAUCUGCUUCGCAGCUUAGUUUGUGAUUUUCAUCUUGUCAGGGAAUAACAUGUGACACCUCGUGUGCACUUUCGCUUUUUAACCAAUCACCAUAUUGAGAAAAGAAAAAAAAGAAAAAAGGGCUCAAACUAGAUGUUUGUUUGUUUUUUUUUUUGGUGAAUCAAGCUAGAUGUUUCAGUAUAACAGAAUUGUGCUUUACUUGCUGGGCUGGCUUUUCGUCUUCUUUUUCUUUUGGUGGUGUGGGUGGGCAGCGGAGUGUUUUCUUUAUCUGAACUUUCAUAUAAAAUGGUUAUCUCUUGAGAACGAUCUACUUUCCAAAUUCCAACUUAGGUUUCAGAUCCAGAAGCGUUGCCUUGAAGGGUUAACUCACAAUCAUACUUUCUCUGAGAGGAAACUCCAAGGUCUAACCGUGCAGAAAAAAAAUAUUGAAUAACUGCUCACAACCUGAUCACGAUGUUUUGGGUCUAUUCAAACACCUCAAAUUACAACCAAUGUCACUUAAUCAAAUUAUUAAGCUCAUGAUAUGUAUUAAUGCAUUUUGUAUUUCUGACUCAUGCAACCACUAACAACUAAACCAUUAGAACAAAUCAUUUUCUGAAAUUAGAUAUAUUAUGUAUUUUGUGCUAUACCACAGAUUAACACCAGCAUUUGAACCCUCGACUGCUUGCUAGCCAAUGAAGAGAUUUGAAAGCUAAGUGGGAGAUGUAAGAAGGGAGUUUUAUUGUUUCUAUCAAACGUCACAAUUAUUUCCAUCUCCAUGGUUUCCAGGCAUUAUAAGCCACCAUAAUCAAACGGUAUAUGGAAAAAACGGUGAUGCCCAAUCCAACUGAAUGUAUUCAGAAACAAGGAUAAUCUUGUCACUAAUGCAAUGAAGAAAUUUGCAGCUACACCAACGACCACUACUAAGUCAUUCAUGACUUGACAUUUUGGCUGUACAAAACAGGCUCCUUUAGGCUCCAAACUUGGGGACCUUUGCAGUCGAGAUCUGUGAGAGGAAAUGUUCAGCUACUAUCCGCCUUUGUAUUUUGCCUGUGGCAGUUUUAGGAAGGGAAUCUGUGAUGAAAAUUUUCUUUGGGACCUUAAAUGCUGCAAGGUUCUUCUUGCAGAAUCUCGAUACUUCAGCCUCAUCUAUGUUGGACCCUUCUCUUGGGAUAACUGCACAGUUUAUCUGGAGAAAAAAUCACAAAAUGAGAAAUUUUUUUGUUAAUGGUGAACCGCCUAACAAAUGGAUUAUACAUGAUUGUUAUAGAUGAACACAUGGAUUGAGAAGCAAUCAAUUGUAUUACCUCCUCUCCGUAUUUGUCAUCAGGGACUCCAAAAGCAACACCUUGCGCAAUGUCUGGAUGGGAUAAGAGAACAGCAUCCACUUCGAUUGGCGAUAUCUUCUCUCCUGAAUUUUUUUUCAACAUAAAAAAAAGAUUAGUGUUGUGUUGUCCUCCAAUCCUUUCAAAUAAAGAAAUAGUUUGAGCUAUGGCUACAUAAAUUGUACAUUUUAAAGUUACAGAAUUACUAAAGAGCGUCACAUCUAGAGGCUAACAAAAAGCAACUACAACAAUUCAUCCCAAGUGUAGCCAAUUCAUCAUGGGAAGCAAUGAUGCUAUUUUCUACAUGUGGAUCAUGGUUUCAGCAGAAAAAAAUAACAAACAGGAUGAAGUCUUUGAACCCAACCCGCACUCACAAACUCCUACACUUCAACCAAAUAAAGAUUUACCAAUCACCAUCAUGUAAUAUGGCAAUUGUCAACUCACACAAAAAGUUCUAAAUUUUACCCCCCAAAUCAAAUUAAUCAGCAACAUUGUCAGCCUAUGGGCCAUGGCCCAGCAUUUAGCGUCUACACUUGGAUAUUCGACGUGUAUCCUAGGAUAUUCGAGCACACCUACAUUGUACUGAAAACUCAAUAAUGCACUAACCCCAGUGCCAAUCAUAGAAAAACAUCUACAACGAGACCAAAAGCUACAUAACAAGCCAACAAAAUUAUAAUCACAUAUUUUGCAAAAUGACAAAGCUAUUAGGACGAAUGAUGAUGAAAGAGAAAUAAUUUACCUCCACGAUUGAUCAAUUCCUUAAUCCUGCCAACAAGAUGCAGAUAACCAUCUGAGUCAAAAUAGCCGAUGUCUCCAGUGUGGAACCAGCCAAACUGAUAAGCUGAUUUGUUAGCCUCAGGGUUAUUCUUAUACCCUUUAGUCACGUUUGGUCCCCUAAUACAAACCUCACCAUUUGCGUUAGCCUCUUGUGGCUUUCCAUUUUCAUCCAGGAUGGCCAUCUCUUGACCCACGGGUUUGCCAACUGACCCGGACACAUGCGGACCAUCCUCCGGUAAUGGGUUGGAUGCCAUCAAAUGCGACGCUUCAGUCAUGGCAUAUGCCUCCAAAACUGGAGCCCCAAAGGAUUCCUCCAGCCGGGCCAGAAUACUAGGAGCCAAAGCUGCACUGCAGCUCCGGAUGAACCGUAGCUUCGGGUAAACGGGUUCAGGCUUGUUGAGGUGGCGGUCCAAUAUGAUCUGGUGGAUGGUAGGCACAGCUGUGUACCACGUGGCAUUGUACUUAAUCAUGUCCGACCAGAAGGUUGAAGCAGAGAAUCUUCCGGCAGCUGGGAGCGUCACCGCUCCACCCGCUCCAAUAGAGCUCAGUAACCCGGCCAUCAACCCGUGUACGUGGAAAAGUGGCAAAACAAUAACCGUAGAGUCCGACUCAGUGAGCUUAUAUACCGAUUGAAUGUUCUUAACGGAGGAAACGAGGUUAAGCUGAGUCAACGGGACGCCUUUGGGACGGCUGGUGGUGCCGGAGGUGUGGAGGAAGAGAGAAACAUCGUUCGGGUCAUUGACGAGCUUGGAUACCAGUUCCGGGUUCGGGUCGGAUUCAUAUUGUGCGUGGGAGGAGGAAAGCUUGAGGUCUCCGUCGGCGGCGGGCAGCGCCACCGCCACGUGUGGAAUGCUAAGCUUAGAAGCGGCGGUUUGAGCCGGUUCGUUACCUUCUUGCGGAGUGAACAAAAUUUUGGACUCUGAAUCGGACAAGUAAAACUCGAACUCAUCAGCCGUGUAAGCAGCGUUGAGUGGAGCCGCCGUCGCACGGGCUCGGAUUACGGCUAAAAACAUGAUCACGUACUGCAAUCAGGCACAAAUCACUCAUUAAUGAAACCCUAAAAAUGAAUUAAUUCUCAAUUAGAAAACGGCGACCAAAUUAAAACAUGAAAAAAUGAAACUGUUGAGAAGUAACAAAAGCAAUGACUAUUGGGGGAAACUAACGAAAUGAUAGUGAAAGAAAAGGAGAAGAAAGGAGGAAACAAACCUCGACGGAAUUGGGGAAGGUGAGAGCGAUAACGUCACCGGGUUUGACGCCGGCGGCGACAAGGCGGGAGGCAGUACGUUCGACCAAAUCAUGGAGCCUGGCAUGGGUGAGAUCAAAUUUGUUUGAAACCGAGAUCGCACGACGGUCGGGGAAUUUUCCGGCGACGUUCGUUAAUAAUCCGGUGAGAGUGGAACUUUCCAUCACAUAGAAAAAACAAAUCACCAAAAGCUACUAAAACUGCAAGAAAGACUCAAAAUGAAACACGGAUGAUAUAUUAAGGAACUAGUAGUAAAAGAGACGUGAAGAAGCCAAUGAAAUUAUGCAUGCAAAAUUCAUGGGAGGAUCAGUUUAUAUAUAUUUGGAAAACAAUGCAAAAUGAGGAAGAAGGUGGGAAGAUAUGGGGUGGGGGGAGGUAGAAAAGGCUUGCCUGGGGGAGGUCUCAG